GGCGGCGCCUGGAAGGGCUGCGCCGUGCUUCCGCCGGGGAAGGGGAGGGAAAGGGGAGGGAAGGACAGGAAGAGAAGGAAGGGGAGGGAAGGAAGGGGAGGGAAGGGGUCCGGGGGCUGGGCGCAGGUCGGCAGCGGCGGCAGAGGGAAAAUGAUUUCCGAAAGCGGUUCGUUCAUGAAAGGUGUGGUGUUAGGAGGAGUCUUCUGCGUGCUGGUUACACUUCUCGGACAUUUUAAGAUGGGCCAUGGGACUAGAGCACAUCACCAUGAGCACCAUCACAUCCAGGCUCCCAACAAAGAAGAUGUCUUGAAUCUUUCGGAAGAUGAGCGUCUGGAGCUCAGUCAGAGUAUCCGUGUUUAUUGUAUCAUCCUUGUGAAACCUAAGGACCUCGGGCACUGGGCUGCAGUGAAAGAGACGUGGAGCAAGCACUGCGACAAGGCAGAGUUCUACAGCUCCGAGAACAUCAAAGUGUUUAAUUCGGUAGUCCUCGACACAAACGAUAUGUGGAUGAUGAUGAGAAAAGCUUACAAGUUAACAUAUGAGCGCUACAAAGAUGAAUUCAACUGGUUCUUUCUUGCCUAUCCAACAACGUUUGCUAUUAUUGAAAAUCUCAAGUAUUUCUUACUGAAGAAAGACCCUGCACAGCCUUUUUACAUAGGCCAUACUGUGAAAUCUGGUGACCUGGAGUAUGUAGAUAGCGAGGGAGGAAUCGUCUUAAGCAUCGGAUCGCUGAGACGACUUUCCCGUAUUUUUGAAGACACUGACAAGUGUCCAGAGCAUGGAGGUAUGAUUUGGAAACUUUCUGAGGAUAAACAGCUAGCAGUAUGCCUGAAGUAUACUGGAGUGAUUGCUGAAAAUGCCGAAGACUCAGAAGGAAAAGACGUCUUUAAUACCAAGUCAGUCAACGCCCUCAUCAAAGAAGCAAUGGCUAAUCACCCUGAGCAGGUGGUAGAUGGCUGCUGCUCAGACAUGGCCAUCACUUUCAACGGACUGACCCCCAACCACAUGCACGUGAUGAUGUAUGGUGUUUACAGGCUGAGACCCUAUGGCCACACUUACAACGAUGCACUCGUCUUCCUGCCACCAGAAGGUUCAGACAAUGACUGAUGUCUUUCAGAAAGGACACAGAACCAAGGAGUUAACUGUGCUCAUUGUACAGACACUCAAUUUUCGUAUCUGAUGGUACUGGUGUACAGUUUUUGCACACAGAUUUGGUAAAGCUCUUAAUUUUAAAAGUGGAAGGAGAAUGUUCUUUCUUAAUCUUUUAUACAGAAAUGAUUGAGUUUUUUUUUUUUUUUACAGUGUUAGAAGGAAAUAAAGGACUUGUUGAUGUUUGUGAUAAAAGGAAAUUAAGUUUAUAUGGGUGGGUUGUAUUAUCCAACUAUUUAUUAAUGAAAACUCAGAAGAGCUUUAGUCUGUUACAAAUAUAUUUUUGCAAGAUUUCGAUUCUCUCACUUCUUUCAGGCACUUCUCGAACGUCUUUAUAUCUUUCUAGGACGUACCAAUAAAACUGGCCACAGAUUCAGUC